GUGUUUUAGAGAAUGAAAAACUAGAAUUGAGAGAAGAUAAAAUUGCUGAAGAAAAUUGUCGUCGUGAAAUUUUGAAAAAUGCCAAAGUUUUAGAGGAUGAAUAUUUUGUUGCACCUCCUGGUAAUAUUCCAAAAAGCUAAUAAUGAAAAUGGAAUCAAUUCUCAAAUUUCUUGGCCCUACAUUUUUAAGUUUGAAAGAAUUUGGCUUUGCUUAUGGUGUUCAAGGAAUACUCCUUCGUAGAAAUUUAGAAAAAUUCUGGUUUAUAGAUUGUGUUACAAUGUCUAAGUAUAAUGUUUUUCAUACACCAUCUAAUACUCUCAUAGCCAGUCUCAAAGAUCUAAAAGAUAUUGGUUUAACAAGUAAUUUACCCUUUGGAAUUUGCGAAAUAGAUGAAGUAAAGAAUACUUGGAAUGAAUCAUUGUUACCACCUAAGUCAAAACCUAUAACACACAGAAUAGCUAAAGUAACAACUGUGUAUGAAAGUGAUGAUACUAUAGGGAGUGUCAAAGAUUUAUUUUAUAAGAAGCAAAGAGAACGUAAGUCAUGGUGGCGUAGAAUUUCACAAAAUCCAUCAAUCUAUUACAUGACUGAAGUGAAAAAAGAAAAACGCAGAGAAUACUCUGAAAUUCAAGCUCGAUUCGAAGAUACAGUUAUUGUUAUUGAAACAGUCAAUUACAAAAAAAAUGCCAAAAAUUUUUUACCUAAUACAGGUGAUGCUGAAUUUAAGUCUGAUCUGAUGAUAGUAGAGCAUACUAUGUCAUUGGAUUGGGGUUGUUUGACACUUUUGAUAGAUGGAUACACAGAAUAUAAAGGUAACAAAGAACUCCAGGUUCAUCCAAGGUUAUCACCUUAUAAAGCAUACUGUAAAGCAAUUAUUUCACCUGAUGAUGAUGAAAGAACUAAGAAUGACUUAAAUGAUUUAACUUUAUUUGUUAUUCACAAGCUUCGAGAAGAGGGUGUUGAAUCAGUGAUAAUGAAUAAUAUUGAAAAGCCUGAAAUUUUUCAAGUUCCAUAUAUUAUAACUGUUGAUAAAGAAACUUUGAAAACAGGUCUGUUAAAAAUGGUAAGUCAAAGAACUUGGUGUGGAGAAAUCGUUCAUAUUACCCAUUUAGCAAAGCGCAUGAAUGAGUUAUGUGUCUGAAAAAUAACUUUCUUUUUUAAUUAUUUGUACAAUUUCAUUUAUUUUUUAAUCAAAAAUGUAAACAGGAGUGUAAAUUUUGUAAAUAAAAUGUGAUAUGUAUUUUACAAAAAUAAAACCAAAAAUAAAUUGUACAAUUCGUAAAUCUUGCUUUGGGUUUAUUGUUUUAUGUUAGUCAUAAUAGUAAUUUAUAAAAAUCAUAUGUAACUACUUACAUUACUAUUACAGAGCAGAGCAAUAAUUCAUUAAAUUUAACCCCAACUUCUUUCAUUUUAUUAUAUAAGUUCUGUCUAGAAACUUUUUUUAGUCUUUAACAUACAUUUGUUUAUCUUAGAAAAGUGGAGCAAUACAUUGUGCUAUGAACACAAUACUUGUGUAUUGAUAAUAAAACACG